CUAUUUAUAUGAUUAAACUUUAUUCACUUUGUUGACUUAUUUUUGUCACCAAUUUCAUAAAAUAAUAUAAUCAUGUCACAUGUAAUUUUGUAGAUAGUUUGCUAUAUUUUUUUAUAUGUAAUUUUUAUUUUUAAAUUUUAAUCUAUUUUUUAUAUAAAAUUAUUUAAAAAUAAUUUCAGUCAAAUAUCCUCGCCUCUAGAAUUUUAUUCGUGUAGGGAUGGAGUAUAUAUAAAUGACCAAGAACAAGAAGUAAAACAAAACUCUGCCUUGAAAUAACACCAAUCUCUGAGUCGACUCGGAGACCCACAAUGAAAAUCUCGCCGUCGUCAUCUGCAAGAACGCCGCCGUCUAAGUAUCAUUUGACCGCCGUGAUAUUCUUCCUCCAAUUCAUCUUGAUCUCAUCAUCGUCGUCGUCGGCGACCCAGGUUCAGAAUUUCCACCAUUCUUGCGCCAGUUUCAAGACCGGGCCCUCUGCCGCCGCCUGCUACCAGCUACAGAUAAUCCUCCGCCGCCGCCCGCCGUCCCGGCCGCCGCACUCGGAGAAGGAGAUUGACCCGAGAUAUGGGGUGGAGAAGAGACUGGUCCCGUCCGGCCCCAAUCCCCUGCACAACUGAGGAAUCUCCCGCCGCCAUUGGGAUUUCAUCAAUUCCUGGAAAUUGGUCCAAGAAUUCAGGAUUUUUUCAUGAGUAGCAUAUAAUUUGAUAAACCCUUUUCGUUAAUUUCUUGGAUCAACAGCUGGAAUCGAAGAUUUACUGGGAGGAAGAAGAAGAAGAAGGAAAAAAGCAUCAAAUUUCUUCUUCUGUAACAGAGUCUGAGUUCUUGAUUUCGUGGCAUGCACAACAGAGUAGUACCAGUAAUUCUCUGCAACUUUUUGGUAACUUUUCUUUUUUUUUUGGUUAAAAAAUUGUUUUUUUUUGGGUUAAAAAGAAAUUGAGGGCAUUAAG